AUGCGAUUCAUCAACAAUGGCCCAGUACUUUCAGCAUUCGACUUGUGGAGUGGAGGGCAUUGGUAUCGCAAUAGUCUGAUCUACACUUUACUUAUUCUUCUAGUCUGCACUACGUCCAUCUCGCAGUUCACAUCGACAUUGCUGCUUUGGGAUAUUGAAAACGGUAACGUGCUAGGCUUUCCGGUCGAGAAAGAUCUUGACGCUGGCUUCUCAAUGAAUGACUACAUGGAACACUUUCGCACUCUCCUCACACAAGCUCCAAAUUACUGGGCGUCGACUCCUUCGACUUACAACACCUUUGCCGAGUGGUCUAUAAGCGCAGACGCUUUGUCAGAUAAUGCCGUGGAUACGGGCCCAACAAUACGGGCGCUGCUGCCAAUCACGUCGGACAAUGACCUCCUCGAGCUGGAAGAAUACAAUGGUACCGCAUCCCUCUUUGAUGCCAGAGUCUCGUGUGUCAGACCCACGAUCAAAGACGCCGCCUUCAACUUCGACCUACAAGUGCUUGAGAACUUCACAGGGACACUGUUCCCGGGUUCUGUGCCAGAGGUGAUCGAGAGAAACUCAGUUUUGAUGCUGUUCUGGACGCGCAGCCCAGGCGAAAAUCAAACAUCGUCAAACCGCAGCGGUGGAUUUGAUAUAGUUGAGAAGGGACCGUGGCUGGAAUACACAAUAAGAGAUACCGGAGACACCUGGAGUGUCAGCGCUUGUUUCGAUGCUCUAUACGGCCAGAACUUUUACUUUCGUCCAUGGCAUGACCAGGAUUUCAGGAUUUCAGCAAAAAGGGAGUCCAAAACUCGGAGCCGUCUGGAUCCCGCGCCGAAGUGGGACACGAUUUUGAACCAAUUUGAUACCAAAGAGCUGCGAAAUCAGCUGGGGAGCAGCCUGGAAGAGAAAGCAUCGCGCGACAUCCUGAUCAUGGACUAUGAAAGCAUCCAGGCCGCCAAAGAAGCCCGCAUGUCCUCAUGGUCUCCAGAACGCAACUGCACAUUCCGCCCAGCCACACAUGGAAUAUGGUGGUACCCCAAUACCUCCUGGCCAGACCUUCCACCCGCAGACAGUAAUACCGACUGCCAGCAACUCAACGCCUCCACCCGCAUCAAGCACGACUUCCUCCACGAAUCCAUCUGGACGCACUUCAGCAACCCCUACAGCCUCGUCGGCCUUGGCACCAAUAGUACGUACUCACCUACCGCAUCAAGCGCCGAGAUGGGUUUCACAUCAUCCACCCUGCACCCAAUCCUGACCGCCCUCGCUAUCGAUAUCCUCGCCGAAACAGACAACCCCGCGCUGGCCUGGCAGGCUAUCUUCACGUGCGUGAUCCGGAACGCGUACUACGACAUCUCAUCCUACUUCACGGCGCGAGAGCGUGUCACGACGACAUCCCUUCUCUCGCCGCAGCGUCCAGUGCGGUACCGAGGGCUCGGAAUUGUGUUGGUGAACAUCGUCCUGCACCACGUUUUGGUUUUGGUCAUGUUGUACUGGUUCUGCGCCGGCACGAGAUACACGCUGUUGGGGAACUGCUGGCAGAGCAUUGCGCAGCUCCGCGCGGCAGAAAUGGAGGACGUCUUUGGCAACAUGACAUUGGAGACAGACAAGGAUGUGAAGAGGAGAAUCAGGCGUUCGGAGGGGACGUCUAAGGGGUUGAGGUUCAGGGUGAUGCCCCAGGCGGGAAGUGAUAGGGUCUGUCUUUGUAGGGUUGGUGGGUAG